AUGGAUGGACCAGCUGAGAGUUCAGCUGGAUACGGCUCAAGGACUUCGUCAACAUUAUGCAUGAAACUUAGGAACAUCUUCGAUGAAGACUGCGAGGAACCAUUAGAAAUGAUGCUAGGACCCACACGACCAAUGAAGAUGGCCCAUCUACAUUUUCAACAGAUAACAGAAGAUCCUAUCCUUGUUCAUGCGUUUGACGGUGGGGAACGUGGAUAUGCCGGCGGAUACGCGAGCAUACCUCGAAGAGGUCACGCUCCAGUAGUUCAUGAAGACGCAGGAGCCACAGAGACGCAGAAAACUGCGGAGUUACGAGAAAAUAUGCAAAGAAGAGUGAUAUCGCUGUUGUGCCAAAGUUCUACACAGUAUUGGACCAUCGCCCCCUCCGAGGAAGAUUCUCCUUCACAAGGAGAGAAAUCCGCCAAGUUCAGAGAGCGAAAUCCCAGAACUAUCAUUAACUGGGACCUUUUCGCUAUGCUAGGCGCCUUUUGGGAAGAUUUCACAAUGGACAACAUCGACGAGGAGUACAACCGGCUCGUUGAACAUCUUCAUGACUGCACGAGGAAGGCUCAGAGUUCUAAAACCACCAAGAGACGCUUGUCUCCGGAAACUCUAAAGCUGAUACGUCAGCGUUGA